AUGGCCGUCAGGCAAAAUCGAUACCGAAGGGCAUCGAGAUGGGACACACGCUCUCACCUGCCCACAAGCAAAGCCGAGAUCUCCAAUCCAACAACGACGCACACUACUAAAAUAUCUGACCUAAAUCCUGGCUACCAGCACAGCACCAAGCGCCACUCCUCAACCAAUACUGCAACACAAGUGAAGGGGAAACGGCACACCACGAAGAGACGUCCUGGAGCUCAACCCCGAAAUGGAGACAACGGGCCCCGCGACUGCUAUGACACGAAGAAUAGCAACAGCCGGCUGAUCUUACCAGCGCUGGGCAUAGGAUGA